UUAAAGGUGACAAUGGAGUUUGAAAAAUCAAAGAGCAGAAGAAUGACGACGGAUCUGAAAGUUGAAACCUUCCGUACUGAAUCCAUCAAACCUUCUUCACCCACUCCCCUUAAUCUCAAAACCUUCGAGCUUUCACUUCUUGAUCGGAUGACUCCGCCGAUGUAUAUACCGUUGAUUUUCUGGUACACAGGAAACGCUGCCGCCGAUGAUCGUUUUCUCGAGGCUGAGGAAAGAUUUCACCGGAUGAAGAAAUCGUUAUCAGAAACGUUAACUCGGUUCUACCCUUUUGCAGGCAGGAUAAGUGAUUGCUUAAUCGACUGUAACGAUGAAGGGGUUGACUAUAUUGAAGCUCGAGUCAACUGUGUCCUCCACGACAUCCUUAAACCACCCAAUGGCGAGUUACUGGCGGAGUUUCUUCCUAUACAAACGGAGUCAAAUGAAGCAGCAACGGGACGAUUAUUACUCGUUAAAGUUAACUUCUUUGAGUGCGGUGGCAUGGCGGUCGGCGUGUGCCUUUCCCACAAGAUCGCCGAUUUAUACACCUUGAGCAAAUUUGUAAACACUUGGGCCGCCAUAACUCGGGGUUCUAACGAGGCGGCGGUGUUCCCGGAAUUCGGAUGCGCGACGUCAUUUUUACCACCUCAGAAAGAUUUAUCCUUUACGAUUCCCGCCAUGGAAUUCAAUCCUGGAAAGGGUGUUUCGAGGAGGUUCGUAUUCGAUUCUUCUAAGAUUCCCAUUCUUAAAGCUUGCACUGCUAGUACAACCGUGCCGCAACCGACUCGUGUCGAAGCCGUUACGGCACUUAUAUGGAAAUGUGCGAUAGCUGCAUCGCCAUCGCCAUCACCGUCGGUGUUGCGCCAAGUUGUUAACUUACGUAAAAGAGUGAACCCUCCAUUACCGGAGAACGCCGUCGGGUAUCUCGUGUCUUACUUCACCGUAAACUCGCCAGAGAGUACUGAAACAGAAUCACAGGUGCUGGUUAAACGAUUAAGGGAUGGGAUUAGGGAAUUUAGUGAAAACUACGUGAAGAAACUUGAGGGGAGCGAUGCGGUUUCAACGAUUUUCGAGGCUGCAAAGGAAGUGGGAAACUUGUCGAGAAGAGAUGAUAUCAAAUUCUAUAACAGCUUAAGUUGGUGCAGAUUUGGUGUAUACGAAGCAGAUUUUGGAUGGGGAAAACCGACGUGGGUCAGCGUCAAGGGUGCCCCCGACGCUUCGAAUAUUUUCUUAUUAAUGGAUGGGAGGGACGGUGAAGGGAUCGAAGCUUGGGUGUGGUUGAAUGAAGCGGAAAUGGGUUUGUUUGAACGUAAUCAUGAGCUUCUUGCAUUUGCUUCUGUGAAUCCUUCUGUUCAUUGUUGAUUAAUUUCAAGUGUGUACUUCGGAAUAAUCAUUUGCUUCUGGGGAUCCUUCUGUUUCA